AUGGAGCCCGUCCCUGAGAAGGGCGCCAAAACCACUGAGGUGGAGAAUGGGGGAGAGGAACCUGGUGUGCCCCAUGAAUCAGCAGAGGAUUUGUUUCAUUUCAAUGUUGGGGGCUGGCAUUUCUCAGUUCCCAGAAGCAAACUUGCUCAGUUCCCAGACUCGCUGCUGUGGAAAGAGGCUUCAGCCUUGACCUCUUCAGAAACCCAGAGGCUAUUCAUUGACAGAGAUGGUUCCACGUUUAGGCACGUACACUAUUACCUCUAUACUUCCAAGCUUUCCUUCUCCAGUUGUGCUGAACUGAACUUGCUCUAUGAGCAAGCCCUAGGCUUGCAGCUGAUGCCUUUGCUUCAGACCCUGGAUAAUCUGAAGGAAGGGAAGCACCACCUCCGUGUGCGGCCUGCGGACAUUCCCGUUGCUGAGAGAGCCUCUCUGAACUACUGGCGGACAUGGAAGUGCAUCAGCAAGCCCUCUGAAUUUCCAAUAAAAAGCCCAGCAUUCACAGGUCUACAUGAUAAGGCACCUUUGGGACUCAUGGACACACCACUGUUAGACACAGAAGAGGAAGUGCACUACUGCUUCCUGCCCCUCGACCUGGUAGCCAAGUACCCAAGCCUAGUGACAGAAGACAACCUGCUGUGGCUGGCUGAAACAGUGGCCCUCAUCGAGUGCGAGUGCAGCGAGUUCCGCUUCAUUGUGAAUUUUCUCCGAUCCCAUAAGAUUUUACUACCAGAUAACUUCUCCAAUAUAGAUGUGUUAGAAGCAGAAGUAGAAAUUCUGGAAAUCCCUGAGCUUACAGAAGCUGUACGGCUGUACCGGAUGAAUAUAGCAUUGCACCCAAAGCCAGGGCAAAAGGGAGGCCUGCUUAGCCUGGAGCAGGAGGUGCCCACCCUGGGUGGUUGUUCGCGGACCUCCUGUCCUCCUCCAAGCCCUGGGAAGGGGGGGCGCACAGCUAGUCUGGAGUCUGUGAAACCGUUGUACAUGAUGGCACUGGGCCUUCUGGUCAAGUACCCAGACUCUGCACUGGGACAGCUUCGCAUUGAGAGCACGCUGGACGGAAGCAGACUGUACAUCACAGGGAAUGGGGUCCUCUUCCAGCACGUCAAGAACUGGCUGGGCACUUGCCGGCUGCCCCUGACUGAGACCAUCUCUGAGGUGUAUGAGCUUUGUGCCUUCCUGGACAAGAGGGACAUCACCUAUGAGCCAAUGAAAGUGGCUCUGAAGACUCAUCUGGAGCCGAGGACUUUGCCACCCACGGAUAUGCUCAAUGAGGAGUGGACAGCAGGGAUCACUAUAUAUUCACCCCAACAGAUCAUCAAGCUUUAUGUUGGAAGCCACUGGUAUGCAACCACCCUGCAGACCCUGAUGAAGUAUCCAGAACUGCUAUCCAACACUCAAAGAGUAUACUGGAUCACCUACGGACAGACCUUACUCAUCCAUGGUGAUGGCCAAAUGUUCCGACACAUUCUCAACUUCCUGAGACUUGGAAAACUGUUUUUACCAUCAGAAUUUAAAGAAUGGCCUCUCUUCUGCCAGGAGGUGGAGGAAUAUCAUAUCCCAGCCCUCUCGGAAGCCCUUGCACAGUGUGAGGCAUACAAGUCAUGGACUCAGGAAAAAGAAUCGGAAAAUGAGGAAGCUUUUCCUAUUAGGAAGCUGCAUGUGGUGACAGAAGGGACAGGGUCAAUGGUUGAGUUCAGUAGAGAUGCCAAGGAAACCACAACCUGCAUGCCUGUGGACUUCCAAGACUGCAAUGACAGGACUCCAUGGAACAAGGCCAAAGGGAACCUGACCAGAUCCACCCAGAUGGAAGAGGCUGAACAGUAUACCCGGACUAUCCAGGUCUCCUUAUGCAGAAAUGCCAAGAGGGGAGGCAAUCCCAGCACAUACUCACACUGUUCUGGCUUAUGUGCCAACCCCAGACACUGGGGAGGUCAUUCUGAGAGUCCUCCCAAGAAGAAGUGCACCACUAUAAACCUCACACAGAAAUCUGAUGCCAAAGACCCUCCUGUCACCCCCAUGCAAAAACUGAUAUCUCUGGUAAGGGAAUGGGACAUGGUCAACUGUAAACAGUGGGAAUUCCAGCCACUGACAGCCUCCCGGAGCAGCUCUUUGGAGGAAGCUACCCUGCAUGUCCCCUCAGGAAGUGAGGCUGCUUGCCAACCUGGUACCUCAGCUUCCUGGAAAGCUCAUUCCAUAACCUCAGAGAAGGACACUGGUCCCCAGACUGGGCCUGGAGCUGGAGUGAAAGACAAGGGUCCAGAGCCAACCUUUAAGCCAUACUUUCCCACAAAAAGAGCUGUCACCCUAAAGGACUGGGGCAAGCAGAGGCCCAAGGAGAGAGAAAACCCUGCCCCUGAGCAGCCUCUGCCUAAUGUUAAUGGGAUAGACAACCCAGGGGCCAUCCUCAAAGUGACUCACCCCCCUGUGGUGGGUAGUGAUGGCUCUUGCAUGUUCUUUGAAGACAGCAUCAUCUACACCACCCAGAUGGAUAAUAUCAAGCAUACACCACUCACAGCCAGCCCCCAACCUCGAGAAGUGACUUUCCUGAGUUUCUCUUUGUCCUGGGAAGAGAUGUUUUAUGCCCAGAAAUGUCACCGUUUCCUGACUGACAUCAUCCUAGAUUCCAUCAGGCAAAAGGACCCCAAAGCUGUCACAGCCAAGGUGGUCUCCCUGGCCUACCGGCUAUGGACAUUGAACAUCAGCCCCAAGCAGUUUGUGGUGGAUUUGCUGGCCAUCACUGGCUUCAAGGAUGACCGACACACUCAGGAGCGUCUGUACAGCUGGGUAGAGCUCACACUACCUUUUGCCAGAAAAUAUGGCCGUUGCGUGGACCUGCUCAUCCAGAGGGGACUGUCUAGGUCUGUCUCUUACUCAGUCCUGGGCAAGUAUUUACAAGAGGGCUAG